GAAGGAGAGUUGGAAGCGGAAUGGCUCCAAGCUGCAGGACUCGGCUCCCUCGCAGCUCCGUUUCAAGUUGGCUUGGAAGUGACCGAGGCUCAGCUGGGUGAGGCAGUGCGGCCGCUGCCCAGGGAACAGGCGGCUGCUGUGAGACGCCGAGUCAGGAGACUCAACAGAACUGUUAGAAAGAAGCGUGCCGCGUCCAGAGCGAAGAAACCUGAUAUCAGAGAUGUCUUCAGAGAUCUUGAGAAUUCGAGUGGCAGUGAGCCUCGGUCGCGAAGUGCGACUCCCGACUCAUUGGACUCGUUGCCCAGUGGAGGGUCGGGUAGUCCGCCCGCUGAGUGGGCUGACUCCGCCACGCCCCCAGACUUUGUUGAUAGUUUCCCGCCGGCCGGUGCGCAUGCGCCCCUCGCUCGUACUCCGUCGGCGCCGGCGCCGGGGCGACGUGCACGUCUAACCCCGCCCACCUCCACCGGACACUCGCCCCCGCUGCCCAUGCAUGAGCUCUUCAAGCCCAACGACCUACACUGGGCCGAUAUCGCUACCAACACAGAGGGCAUAGAGUUGUUGGGUUAUCAAAGAUAUGGAACAGUUCAAGGACCGAGGAUAGGAAAAGAACGAAUCAACGGAUCAAUCUUAAAGGACAACGACACAUUCAUUAAGCACACGGCGGUGUCGCGCGCCAAGAGUACGGCGUCAGCGCAGCAACCGCUCAGCUUCGAGCACAAAUUCAAUCUCGACAGGCAAAUGCUCGACCAAGAAGAGGAAUGGCCGGAGGAGGAGAGCUGCGUGGACAUAGAGAGCGUGCCGGAGCUGCAGCUGAAGCGUCUGUUACCGCUGCUGUGGCUCGAGCUCACCGCGCUCUUCGACAGAUACUCGCUGCCCUUCCACAAGCGGAAACCGCCCAAGAAGAAAAAGAAAGAAGAGGGCAACGUGUUCGGCGUAUCCCUGGAGACUCUGGUGCGCAAGGACAUGAUCCUGUGGGAGGAGACGUGGAGCUGCGUGCCGAGCGUGGCGCGCGCGCUGGCCGACACGCUGCGCGCGCGCACGCACGACGAGGGGCUGCUGCGCGUGCCCGGGAACAAGCAGAAGGUCGAAAGUCUAUGUCAGCUGAUAGAACGAGAAUGGUAUGGCCAAAGAGCCGCGGUCGAGGCGGCGUUGCGGCGCGCCAGCAGUCACGAUGUUGCCGCUGUGUUCAAGCGGCUACUGAGGGAUUUGCCGCAACCGCCGUUGACGCAGGAACUCAUGCGACUAUUCUAUCAGACAUAUGCUCUAAGCGGUACAACGCAAGGGCGGGCGCUGAACUUGCUAGUGCUACUAGUGCCCGCGGAGCAGCGCGCCACGCUGCGGGAACUGCUGGUACUAGCGCGGGACAUCGUGGCGCACCACCACAGGAACAAGAUGACCGACCACAACGUGGCCAUGAUCAUCGCGCCCGCACUAUUCCCACCCAGCAUGCUGAUAAAGGCAUCGGACAGUCUGGAGACUCAACUGGCGACGGCAGCCAACAGUUGUCACGUGACGGAGGCGUUGAUGCGGUGGUGUGAACAGCUGUGGAUAGUUCCCGCUUCGCUUUACGCCGCGGCGCAACGCAAGCCGCCGCCGCACCGCCGCCCGCACGUCUGA